AAAGCGAUGAACGGAUCGAAACCAUCCAUUCGGAAGUGACAAUCCCGGGCGGUCUCUGUCCUGCGAAUGAUGAUUCCCUGAAAAUGCUGACGGCUCAGCAUGGUCUCGACCCCACGCGUCCCCAUCUCCUCGGAAUUAGGAGCGCGCUGCCGGCUCGUUGCCUUUCGGAGGGCCCUUCCGGAUCUCGCCAAAUUGCCCCCACACUGCACUAAACAAAGCCAGAUCUAAGGCGCAGCCGCAAGAACUCUCUCCAUCUCUCUACUCUCCUGUACUAUUUUUCUUUUUUCUUUUAUCUUAAUUUUUCCUCAUACCCACUAUUACACUCUUCUAGAUUCCUCCCUUACCUGUAUCCUUUCUUUCUCAUUAUGCAACUUCACCUGGUGGGCAACGGAGUUUAAUAUUUGACCCCAGAUUCCUCAUCGCCAACCGCGAAGCGAUGGUUUACCCUGCAAUCUCUUGCGAGAGCCCAUUUCUGGGAGCUUUCCCGAAACACUCUUUGUCGCCAAAGAAACCGCUUUUUUUGCGUUGCUCUAAGCCUCCUCUGCUUUGUUAUCAGCACCGUCAGAAUCCUAAUGCCAUGGACAAACCCACUGUCUUUAUAAACCCAAAUCAAGUGAAUGUCGACAAAGGAAAGAAACGCCACAUGGUGUCUGAAAAAAAUGAGAGGAGGGGAUUCCCUCAGGUUGGCGGCGGACAGAUGUCGCUCUUGUGUGGGUUGGGGUAUUGGGUGCAGGGCUUUCGGUGCUUUCCAUGGCUAGCUCUCAACUUUCACAUGGCCAACAAUCUUAACUUGGAUCCCUCCACAUUGCAGCUUGUGCAGAACUCUGGUAAUCUUCCCAUGGUGGCCAAGCCCUUCUAUGGAAUCCUCUCUGAUGCCAUCUAUAUUGGCGGAGCUCAUAGAAUACCUUAUAUUGUCAUUGGAGUUCUUUUGCAGGUCCUGUCUUGGGGAUCUCUGGCAAUGAUCCCUGCUGCAAGGGAAGUACUUCCCAACUUAAUUGCUUGUGUGCUUUUCAGCAAUCUGGGAGCAUCUAUAACAGAAGUGGCUAAGGAUGCUCUUGUGGCAGAGUAUGGCCAGAAGCACAAAACUGGGGGCUUACAGUCAUAUGCAUUCAUGGCUUUAGCUGCAGGUGGAAUCCUAGGCAACUUUAUUGGUGGUUGCUUCUUAAAGGACAUGCAGCCCCGCACCAUGUUUCUUAUCUUCUCUGGUUUACUGUCUCUUCAACUUGCAGUUUCUUCCUCCACAAGAGAGAAAUCUCUGGGCUUGCCACAAAUUUCAGGUCAUACUUUUUCUUGGAAGUCGUUCUUGGAAGAUAUCAGAAAUCAAUUCUCUAAUCUUGUCACAGCAAUCAGUGAGGAAAGCAUUUCCCGCCCUCUCAUGUGGAUUGUUGGGUCUAUUGCCAUGGUUCCAAUACUUUCAGGCUCUAUCUUUUGCUAUCAGACACAGCACCUAAACCUUGAUCCUUCAGUAAUUGGUCUCUCUCGAGUGAUUAGCCAGUUGAUGCUUCUGUCAGCGACUGUUCUCUAUGAUCGUUAUUGGAAAAAAGUUCCAAUGAGAAAGCUGAUAGGGAUAGUGCAAAUUUCGUAUGCUGCAUCUCUACUUCUUGAUCUGGUUUUAGUAAAUCAGAUAAAUCUUAGACUGGGAAUUCCCAAUGGAGUGUUUGCCCUUUGCUACUCUGGUUUUGCAGAAACUUUGGCACAGUUUAAGCUCCUUCCCUUUUCAGUGUUUUUUGCAAGCGUAUGCCCACAGGGUUGUCAAGGGUCUCUCAUGUCUUUCUUUGCGUCAGCUGUAUGUCUGUCAUCCAUAGUGAGUGGGUUUUUUGGCGUUGGAUUGGCUUCUCUGCUUGGUAUUACUUCUGGUGAUUACUCAGGCUUGACCAUGGGAGUUCUGAUACAAUUCGCCGCAGCUCUAGUUCCAUUGAGAUGGAUUCAUUCUGUACCCAUGUCUCAACCUACUGUUGAGAAGGGAAGGAGAAGAGGUAUGAAUAGAAGAACUCGAAAACAUAGAAGAGUUGGAAAAGUUGUUCUGAGUUCUAUACAUGGUUAUCGCCGUGAAAGAGAAUCAGAGAUACAGAGGUGAAAAUAGGUCAUUUUUACAUCUGCAGUCGUGCUGAUCAUGGAGAGAUGAAAAGAAAAUUGGCUCCUUUGUAUGUGCCUCUCUCUUUCGAUCUUCUGAAGAUUAGGCGGGAACCAUGUCUGAUCAGAUAUUUUCUCCAUGUUGCAUAGUUCUGAUCUUUUUCCAGCACCUGAUCACUUUUGAUUGUGGAGCAGAGACUGGUCCUAACCACUACGUUCAAAAAUCUUCAGAUUUCAACGUUCAGCCUCUUGAUUUUUCUGGAAGGCUCAGCAAUCACGGUCCAUAAUUGACGAGGUUUUCCAUCAAUGCAUUGAGGGAUGGAUACCCAGAAAUUUUUAUUUUAGUCAACAAUCGAUACAAGAAGAAUCCAUGAACCUCUAUGCUUUGAGCAUUGCUUCAAGGCGGCGGCGGCGGCAUUGAGGAAAAUAUUAGGAAUAAUAUACGCAUAAAAUCGGACAUUAUUUCAAUUGAUGUAGAGAUGACAUAUUAUUUCAUUAAUCUGGAUUUAAUUUAUUCCAGAAA